CGUGGCAGUGACGUCAAUGUUUGUGUUAAGACCCGGAUAUUAUUCACAGCCUGCACAGUUCAGCCAUCAGAGAGGCAGAGUGGUGAUGAGUUGGUGCAUCGAUGAAUGCACGUCGCCGUCACGGUCCUAGAGGCAGCCAGGACGGGGUGUACACUGGGCCUUCUCAGACCCAGUCCCAGCUGGAAGCCCCCCUGGCUGUCCCAGUACCCAUCGCCCCCGUCAUAGACACAUUCAGCAUGUCCUGCCGAGACCGUACCAGCGAGUUUCAGUCUGUGUGCAAGUCCCUGCUGGGGAGACAGAAUGGAGCACAGCCUGUCAGAGCUGUCAACAGUGCAGUCAGAGAGCGGAGUGAAUUCACUGUCUUUGCUAAGCGAAUUGGAAGAGACCUCAGCAACACUUUUGCCAAGCUGGAGAAGCUCACAAUUCUUGCCAAAAGAAAGUCUCUUUUUGAUGACAAAGCAACUGAAAUUGAUGAGCUCACUUACAUUGUGAAACAGGACAUCAACAGUCUGAAUAAGCAGAUAGCUGGCCUGCAGGAACUCGUUCGAUCACGAAGUGGACAGAAUGGCAGACAUCUUCAAACACAUUCCAACACCAUCAUAGUCUCAUUACAGUCCAAACUGGCAUCGAUGUCCAGUGAUUUCAAGUCAGUAUUGGAGGUCAGAACAGAGAACUUGAAGAAACAGAGAAGUAGACAAGAGGAGUUUUCUCAGACUCCUGUCCCAUUAUCCUCUUUCCAUGCCAACAGCUUCAGUAAGAGCAUCGCCUCUCAAAUAAAAGCAAAGACAAUGUCCGCCUUUAUACAUUCAUGUAGUUUAAUCUUCCUUUUUGCUUCUCUUUUAACAGACAAUUCAGUUCUUAUGCAAGACGACUCCAAGAAGACAGAUAUAUCUAUAAAUAUGGACCUCAACUCCAGUCAGCAGAUGCAGUUAAUCAAUGAACAGGAUUCAUACAUUCAGAACCGUGCUGACACUAUGCAGAAUAUAGAGUCCACCAUCGUGGAGCUCGGCUCCAUAUUUCAGCAGCUGGCUCACAUGGUGAAAGAACAGGAAGAGACCGUACAGAGAAUUGAUGCUAAUGUAGAAGACACUCAGCUGAAUGUGGACCUAGCGCACACAGAGAUCCUCAAAUAUUUCCAGUCGGUCUCCAGCAACCGCUGGCUGCUCAUCAAGAUGUUCCUAAUCCUCGUCAUCUUUUUCAUUGUCUUUGUGGUUUUCAUGACCUGACGUCCACCUUUAAGAGGGGAAGAUUUGAGGAAUUUGGGGAUUCUCAGUAUUUGAAGAGAGAAAGGGGCUGUUGUCUCUUUCUCUUUCUGUCAUUUCUUGGCUCUUUCUAUGCUCACAAGCUGCUGACCGCUCUUUUAGCGUUCUUUUUCCCAAAAUUGGUGAAUUUAUAAGACUCAAUUCCAGCAUAAGCAGACCAGAUAUGCGUUUAGUCAAUCUAAAAUAGUUGAUAAAUGUUUAAUUUAUGCAUGUUUGUCCAUUUCAAUUUCAAUGUAAUGUGUUUGGUAUCUGUAGAGAAAACUUUUGGACGUGAUUUCCCAUAUUUUGGUUUUCUAAAUCACACAGAUUACAGAGAGAUAAAGCCCACAAUCAUGACAUAGAUUAAAAAAACACAGUUUUAACAUAUUCUGGAUCAAUGUGAUAAGCAUUAAUCAAGGUAUACACCUUCAGACACCACUUCUUCUAAGACUUUGUCGUGCAUUAACAUGUUUUCUCUCUCUUUUCUCUUAAUAUCCUUUUAGAGUGGACUAUAUGCUGGGGUUUGUAACAGAAUCCCUCUUAUAUUCUGACUGCUGCAGUUAGCAACCAAGCCAUCUCAAAUAACUGUGAUGCUUCCACACUUUUAUGGUGACUCUGCCUAGAGGUUUUGAUGCGUAUUCUUUGUAUUUUUGAUUUCGGGAUCGAUUACCACUGUUCUAAAUAGAGAUCCGUAUUUGGAGCUUGUGGUCUUUUCCAAAUUUUGGUCAAAGCAGAGAAAUGCUUUUACAUGAAAGUUGAACAUGAUUCAAAGAGGAAUUAUUAUUUUUUAUUUCAAUGGAUGUUUUAAUCAUCCUUUACAAGCUUGUUUGUACAUUAAUGUUCAGCUUGCUGGUCUUGAGGUCCUUGAGAAUACUGCUUUCCAGAUCUCAAUUUCAAAAGCAUACUGUAAAGAUUUAAAAAAUGGAAAUAGAAAUGUAUGCUUUAUUGUAUUGUCUGUUUGUCCUUUUUAUUUUCUACAGUAGCAUAUGUGGUGAAUAACUUAAAAUUCAUGAGAUUAUUAAUAAAGUUAGCUGUUUUUAAA